AUGUCUGGCAUCGGGGCCGCGCCGCUGGGCGCCACCGACGCGCCGCGACUGAUCGACGGGGGCAUUGGAUGUGCGGACGCGGGGCGGGCGUCGCAGGAUGGCUUUGAAGAUUCGCAGAGUGCGCAAGUGGUCGCUGUGGCGGCCGUAGCAGGGGAGGAUAAUGGAGAGGAGGAUGAUGGCGGCGGACAGGUGGAGCUUUUUAGGGAGCUGUAUAGGAGGAGUGAGGCGAGGAUUGCAAGGUUGUUUGGUGGGGGGGGGGUGGGGGAGGAGGAGCUGGCGGAUGGGGAGGGGGUGGUGGUGAUGGAUGCUGAGAUGGAGGACGCAGUGCCGGAGGUCGCGACGAAGAGGGGGGGGCGCGCUGUGGACGACGAUGAGGAUUAUGAUGAGUAUGAUGAUGAGGAGGAGGAGGGCGAUACUCGACCACAGUUCACGAGCAAGCAUUCCGGAAAUCUGCUUUCGCCCUCGAAAUCUGGGAGCUCCCCCGCGCAACAGAGCGACAAAUCACCAUCAAAGCAAUCUGAUAAAGAGAAGGAAUCCACAUCACAAACACAACCAAAGACGUCGGAAGAUGCGAGGAAGCAGCUGGAAGCUGCUAAGAAAGCUACAGAGGACGCGGUGAAGAGGAGCUUCAACACCUUUUUCUAUACCUUGGAGAAUGAUCGCGUGGCUAUGCUGGAGCAGCAGAAGCUGGAGGAGAGCGAGAAGCAGAUUGAUGCUGAGAUGGACCACGGAAAUAACUCGCAUGGUGGGAAUGGCCCCAAUGGAGAGCACCACGGCACACUGUCCAGUGCGAACCUGGGCGCGUCGAGCUUGACCCUUAAGCACCUUAUCGCGCGCAUAGACCUAAAGCGCGACCAAGUACGCGCAUCAGAUGCCGAGCUACGGUCAUUGAUGAAUGAGGUCCGCAAGAAUAGAAGCAAAUGGGCCAGCGAGGAGAACGUUGGCCAGGAGGAAUUAUAUGAAGCCGCUGAGAAGGUGCUGAGCGAGCUCAAGGCGAUGACAGAGUACUCUGCGCCCUUCCUCACGAGGGUGAAUAAGAGAGAUGCGCCAGACUACAAUGCUAUCAUCAAAACACCAAUGGAUCUAGGACAGAUGACGAAAAAGCUAAAGACAUUUUUGUAUAAAUCCAAAGCAGACUUCGUUUCAGACCUCGAUCUGAUAUGGAGUAACUGCCUCAAAUACAAUGCCGACCCCAGCCACCCCCUUCGCCGCAACGCGAAUUGCAUGCGGAGGGAGGCAGAGAAGCUGGUGCCAUUAAUACCAGAUAUCGUGGUUAGACCUAGAGCCGAAGUCGAAGCCGAAGAAAGACGCAAACAAAAUGGCGUCGAGGAUGAUGCUGGCGAUGAAAGCGACGAUGAGCCGAUUAUGUCAUCGCGAGGGCGCAAGGCACCUGGCAAGACAGGCGUCAAGGGCUCUUCCAAGGCACGCAAGGUCGCGCCUGGUCGCGCCGAGAGCACACCUGGCGUAGACCAAAAGCCCGUGCUUCCCCUCAACAGCGUGAUUGGCAAUCUGAUCCACGAGGGCUCGGAUUUCGGGGUAGAAGGCAGCCAGAACGGCUCUGGCUCGCCCACCCCCGGCGGAAUGCCUGGGACGGGGAGCCAGGCUGAUAUGAUGGAUAUUGACGGACCGUCUUUGAAUGGGAUGGCGCUUGGCCAGGCGCUAGGCGCUGCUGCAGAGGAUCUCCAGGAGGAUGAGGAGUACCGGGUUUGGAAGCAGGUCACUAAGAAAGACCGGGCCCUCGCUGCGAAGGAAAGACAUAAGCUUUUCAAAGGCGACAGGCUCAACCCUGAUGAGCCCGCUCUUCUUAGAACAAAGGCUGGCAUGAGAAGAUGGAUUCGCCAGCAUAAUGUAGCGGAAGGCGGCAAUGCGAUUGACUCCAAAGCUGCUGAUGGGAAGGAACCUGUCAAAGGAUCGGAGACUCUGGCUGAAGGUAUGGAGGGAGGCGACGACGAACGCGUCCUGCCUGACUACUAUGAUCCGCUAUCAGCUAUCCCAGAUGUGCCUGAGAAGCUACAGUGGGUCGAAGAUGCGUCGGGGAAUCUCGUCGAGGCAAGCGAGUUCCUGCGCAUGGUUCCCGCCGGCCACUUCCGAUCGCCGCAGAGCAAGCUGACGGAACGGAUGGAGAGCAAUAUGAGGCAAAUGCAGGAGACUAGGAAGAUCUGCUCGAAGAUUGGAGUAGUCAAGCAGAUGCAGUUACAGACUCAGAUGUACAACAACCAGUUCCAAAAGUAUAACCCCCAGCCCUUCUAUGAGGCCGACAUCGAGCCAUACGUCCAAUCCGACGAAGGCCCCGUGAUGUCCAAAUGGGUGUGCCAAGCCGCCCUCCGCCGCUCCGUUGGCAAGCUCUGCUACCACGCCGGGUUUGAGGAGCUACAGCCCUCAGCCCUCGACGUCAUCACCGACAUAGCCGCCGACUACUUCACCAAGAUCGCGCGCACAUUCGCUAUUUACCGCGAGGCGCCCAAGGUACCCGCCACGGGACUCGCGGCCCAGAACGGCGCAGAGUGGCAGGAGCGCUUCACCAACGAGGAGGUCAUGUUGCAUACCCUCAGCGAAAGCGGGCUAGACGUCGAGACGCUCGAGAGCUACGCCAAGGAUGACAAUGAACGCUUCGGCACUAAGCUCGGCGUCAUGCACGAGCGCAUGAAGGCGCACUUAACUGACCUUCUCCGCCCGGCACUCGUGGACGCCGGCACAGACGGCGUAGGCGCCUUCAACGACGGCAGCGAGCAGUUCGUCGGCGGCGACUUCGCAGACGACAUCGACGAGGAUUUCUUCGGCUUCAAGGAACUAGGCCUCGACAGGGAAUUCGGUCUCGCGUCCCUCUCAGUACCGCUGCACCUCCUCCAAGCCAAGGUCCACAGUGCGCACAACGCCAAUAACCCCGCCGCUGGCCCCACGGCCGCAACGCUCUUCGAGGCGCUCCCCACGCUCCGCCCCGUGACGCGCGAGAACAUACAAUCGCAAAUCGGGCUGGUGAAGAAUUUCUUCCUCGCCAAGCUACACGCCAACUCCGACGAGCCGCUGGUGGAAGACGAGGAUCUACCGCUAAAGCAGCGGUUCCCGAAGCCGCGCCUCCCGCCGACGGGCAAGAUUACGAGUCCGCGGAAGCGCCCACUCAAGGAGCAGGUGGGGAAUGCGAAGAAGAAGAAGAAGCUUGAGGGAGGGGUGGAGUUGGUUAAUGGGGCUGGCAGCAUCGCUGCUGGGGGGGGGAAGACGGCGGCGGGGAGUCCGGAGAAGGGGGGAAGAAGAGGAUUCUGCCGGUGGCGGUGGGGAUGGAGAGGGUGGAUAUAUUGA